UGGCGGUCUGAACUCUGAACUCAGUUUGAUGAACCAUUGAAGAUGGUGCUGUCGAACAAGAAGCUGAAGCAGAGGAUUCGAGAAGAUUUGGUUAAAUCACUAUCUGUCUCUGUAGCCGAAACCAAUGAAGAGUCUCAGUCUCAGUCUCUGAAAGAGCUCCUUGAUUCAGCUAGUCACAAACCCAGAUUGUCAAAGAGAGAGAAACGAAGAAAUAGCGAAACUUGCGGCGCUGGAGGAGACGACGGAAUCAGAGAGAGCGAAGUGGAAGAUGACGUUGAAAAUGGUGGGCCAAGCGAGAAAACUGAUACUAAGAUUAGAGCGACGAAGAGAAAGAGAGAAGAUACUGUGGAAGGCGAAUUAGAAGGAGAUGAAGGGACUAAGGAAGGGGAAAAUCACCAGGAGAAGAAGAAGAAGCAGAAAAAGAAGAAGAAGAAGAAGAAGAGAAAAGUAAACAAAACGCCGAAGAAGGCUGAGGAAGACGGUGUAGAAGAGAAGGCUAAGGUAGAAGAGAUUCAAGUGAAUAUUACUGAGAAUAAAGAAGAAGAUGGGGUUGUUCCUAAGAAGUUAUAUGUUGGGGGUAUUCCUUAUCAGAGUACAGAAGAUGAGAUUCGUAGCUACUUCAGAAGCUGUGGAGUCAUCACUAAAGUUGACUGCAAGAUGCGUCCUGAGGAUGGGGCAUUCAGUGGUAUUGCAUUCAUCACUUUCGAAACUGAAGAUGGUGCAAAACGUGCUUUGGCUUUUGAUAGAGCUGCAAUGGGUGAUCGAUUCUUGACAAUCCAGCAAUACGUGAAAACCACCACCCCUUCUAUUCCCAGAAGAAAACCAUCUUCUGGCUUCGCUCCAGAAAUGGUGGAUGGCUAUAACAGGGUGUACAUUGGGAAUUUAGCCUGGGACACAACAGAGCGUGACAUACGGAAACUCUUCUCUGACUGUGUAAUAACCUCAGUGCGGUUGGGCAAAAACAAAGAAACGGGGGAGUUUAAAGGGUACGCGCAUGUGGACUUCAAGGAUAACGUGUCUGUGGCAAUUGCACUGAAGCUGGAUCAGCAGGUUAUUUGCGGAAGACCUGUCAAGAUUUGCUGUGCCCUUAAAGAGAGACCAGUACCUGAUGAGACAACCAAUGUUGGUUCAUACAACACGGAAGAGACUUAUGCUGCUGCUGAAGUGCCUAACGAAGUUAAUAACGGAAACUACUUUACAACCACGGUUAGCAGCGGUAAGAUCAAAAAGAGGGUCUGUUAUGAGUGUGGUGAAAAGGGCCAUCUUUCUACAGCAUGUCCGAAAAAACUUCAAACUGCUGAUGAUCUGGCAAACUCAAAGCUGGGUCAGGAGACUGUCGAUGCUGGACAGGCAAUGCAAAGUUAUGCUCUUCAAAAGAAUAGUGGUGAUUCGUACUACAUGAAUGAGGCAUAUGCUGCUUCAUAUGAAACUAAUAAUGGAAGCUUACCAACCCCAGUUAGUACUGGUAAGGUCAAAAGAAGAAACUGUUACGAGUGUGGAGAAAAGGGCCAUCUUUCUACAGCAUGUCCGAAAAAGCUUCAAAAUGCUGAUGAUCAGGCAAACUCAAAGCUGGGUCAGGAGACUGUCAAUGCUGGACCGGCUAUGCAAAGCUAUGGUCUUCAAAAAAAUAGUGGUGAUUCUUACUACAUGAAUGAGACAUAUGAAGCUAAUAAUGGAAGCUUACCAACCCCAGUUAGCACUGUUAAGGUCAAAAGAAGAAACUGUUACGAGUGUGGAGAAAAGGGUCAUCUUUCUAGUGCUUGUCCCAAGAAGCUUCAAAACACUGCUUACACAAACUCAAAGCAGGAUCACCAGACUGUUGAGGAAGGACUGACUCAUGUAGCAAGCUAUAGUCUCGAAAAGGAAUCAAGAGAUACUGAGAGCAACGGUGAUUCUUUCAUGGAUGAGACAUAUGCUACAGAUCCUAUAUCCGUUGCUGUGACAAAUGGAGCUAAUGAUGGAAACUCAACAUCCGUGGUUAAGACUGGGAAGGUCAAAAGGAGAAACUGUUACGAGUGUGGAGAAAAAGGUCAUCUCUCUUCAGCAUGUCCUAAGAAGCUGCAAAAACAAGGCUGAUCCCACAACCACAUGCUCUACAAAGAACAGCUUAAACAUUGUAACAUUUUUUCAAAAGUUUUGCAUUUCAGUUUUACGAAUAUGGAAGGACGUGGACCACUUGAUGAAAGAGUGGAGUUUUGGUCCUACAUGUUGAUUCUGUAUUCCUUUAGUAUGAUCUUUUAUAGAAUUCUCUAAAGUCCAAACCAUAAGAGUAUCCUCCAGAGUCUCUCGCAUAUAUCAUCAUCACUUGAUA